CUGGCUGUGAGUCACGGCGCCGGGAGGGCGGCCGCAGCUCCGCGUCCCCCAGCACCCAACACGCCGCGGGAAGGGACCCUUCCCCUCGCCAUGGCUUCCCUGGGGCAGAUCAUCUUCUGGAGCAUUAUUAGCAUCAUCAUUAUUUUGGCUGGAGCCAUUGCCCUUAUCAUCGGUUUUGGUAUUUCAGGGAGACACUCCAUUACAGUCACUACUCUGACCUCAGCUGGAAACAUUGGGGAGGAUGGAAUCCUAAGCUGCACUUUUGAACCUGACAUCAAGCUUUCUGAUAUCGUGAUACAGUGGCUGAAGGAAGGUGUUAUAGGCUUGGUACAUGAGUUCAAAGAAGGCAAAGACGACCUGUCAGACCAAGAUGAAAUGUUCAGAGGCCGGACAGCAGUGUUUGCUGAUCAAGUGAUAGGCGGCAAUGCCUCUCUGAGGCUGAAAAACGUGCAACUCUCAGAUGCUGGCACCUACAAAUGUUACAUCAUCACCUCCAAAGGCAAGGGGAAUGCCAACCUUGAGUAUAAAACUGGAGCCUUCAGCAUCCCAGAGGUGAAUGUGGACUAUAAUGCCAGCUCAGAGAGCUUACGGUGUGAGGCUCCCCGAUGGUUCCCCCAGCCCACAGUGGUCUGGGCAUCCCAAGUUGACCAGGGAGCCAACUUCUCAGAAGUCUCCAAUACCAGCUUUGAGCUGAACUCUGAGAAUGUGACCAUGAAGGUUGUGUCUGUACUCUACAAUGUCACGAUCAACAACACAUACUCCUGUAUGAUUGAGAACAACAUUGCCAAAGCCACGGGGGAUAUCAAAGUGACAGACUCCGAGAUUAAAAGGCGGAGUCACCUACAGCUGCUGAACUCAAAGGCGUCCCUGGGUGUCUCUUCUUUCUUCGCCAUCAGCUGGGUACUCCUGCCUCUCUCCCCUUACCUGAUGCUAAAAUAAUGUGCCCUGGACACACAGAAACACGCAAAGUCAUUGGUACGACAGGUGAGAUGAAUCACGAAUGGCGUGGGGAUCGGAUCUGUGUGUGCUUGCGUUCCUAACAAGAGUCAAGCAACCUCCAGCAUCAGCCUCAGAAAGAAACAUUUGAUAAUGCCAGGGCAGUGGGCACUCUUCCUGCUGGUCUUGUGAAAGGUAAAUAUGUGUGAACAAAGAGUGUAGAUCUCAUCGAUAUACUUCCAGCAAAAACAAGUCUGCAAUUCAAAUAUUUGUGUAAAUUCAAACAUCUUUUCAUUGACCGAGUUAUCCAUCCACAAGGCAUAAAGACAAAGAGAAAGAGAUGUUUAGCCCCGAUAGUUCCUCUGGAUUUCACUGUUAUCUUACAAAACCUCAUGACAUGCACAUAAUCACUCACACAGGUGACCUCUUCCUAGCCCCCCAGCAAAGCUCCUAUUGACCAGAAGUUUGACAAAUGACUCCCCAACUAGCCCCGCCCCUGCUGAGACUUCUGUCACUUCAGUCCUCUGGCUCCCAUUAUUAGUAGGACAUUGCUUUCUGAAUAUUCUUCUUGUAUGGCAUCUGUGUACAGCUGAGCUCAUGAAGCUCCAGUCAGCACUAUCACAUGACUCAGCGGCAUCGCCACCAUGCAUCCAGGCUCGCAACCUUAGAGCUAUUUCUGUCCCCGCUCUGUCCUUGAUGUCCAUUUGUCACUAAGCCCCAGAGCAUUUUCCCUGGGUUGUCCCUCAGACUGACCCUAAUCCAGCCUCUACUGUUUCACACACCAGACUAGUUCUAAAACCUUAUACUUGCUCCUUCCUCUCCCUGUGUCCAUCAAUAGGAAAUAAGAUGCCAAAAUAAAAUGAUUCCAAUGCUAUUUUCAUCACAGCAUUCCUUUGCUC